GUGAGGUUCAAAAAUCUUUCAUGCCCAAACACUUCACCUUUUCUUUUAUGUUCACCUGAAAAUACAAAUUCAGCUUCUGUUAUCAAAAGAUGAUUGCCCUGAAAGCCAUUCACCCUUCCUUCAAUACCACUUACACACUCCACCACACUAGACACUCCAACCCAAGAAGCUCUAAUUUGUGCCUCUGCAAGUCCAAUGAAUCUGAUUCCCAAACUCCACAACCUGAAGGAGAUGCUCAAAAGCAAGAGCUUCUAGCCCAAAUUGCCAUGCUCCAAACUCAAAAAGUUCGUCUCACAGAUUAUCUUGACGAGAGAUCAACAUAUUUAACACAAUUUGGUGAAGAAGCCAGAGCUGAGUUUGACAAGAUUGGAGAAGAUGCCCUCAAAGAAUUAGAUGAAGCAGGUGCUAGAAUAACAGCAAACAUUGAGAACCAGAUGCUAGCAUUUGAGGAAUCUACUGAACUUAACAGACAAGAGAUUCAGGAGAAUGAAACCAAAAUAGUGGAGUUGGAAGGUAAAAUGGAGAAGGACCGAAAUGAAGGGCUAUUCUUUAAGAAUCUUGGGCAGAAGGUACCUGUUGAUAAGGACAAAGCCAAGGUGGAGGUGGAAAAGAUCAAAGAUGUGCCCAGAGAAAAAGAUGGUAGCAAAACCAGGAAAAAUGUUUACCUUUUCUUUAUUGGCUUGCUGACUUUUGGAAUAGUUGAUUCUAUUGCCUCAUCCUCAAGUACUGAUUGGAGAAAAGUUGUAGUUCUUGGAGCUACUCUCGUGGCCUUAUUUUCUUUGUUCAUCUAUGAACAAAACAAUGACAACAAGAAAGACGAGUAAUGAAGAGGUAAAGAACACAAGAUCGUUCAUCUUUUGUUUUGAUCAUUUAAGUUUCUGUGGCGAAAGGGUAUUACAUGAUUGAAUAUAUAGCCCCAAGUGAGAGCUAAUCACAACUUGGACCUGAUUCAUGAAGCAGUUUUGCUUUGGCACCAACUACAGCUGAUAUAUUGGUGAUAUCACUACAAUGUCCAAAAUUUGGGUAACAAAGUUACCAUGUGAUGCUGUAGAAAUGCAGAAUUUCUUUAAAUAUUAUGCUGAUACAGAAAAAAGAAAAGAAAAAAAAGCUAUAGCUUUCUCGUUCAUUAGCAUAGCUAUUCCAAUUGUGUAUUUAGAAUCACAACAUAUCUCUACAUGUUUCUAUCAGAUAAAUAAGUUAUUAGAAACUAUACGAAGUCAAGGUCAAAUUCUUUCUUUGAAUCUUAAAAACAGGUGUCCUGCAUGGAAAAAGAGAAGUUUGUAGACAAUUACCGCCCGUGGCAGAUU